AUGACGUCCAAAAUCCCCGCCGCCUCUGUUCCGGCACCACCACAGGAGGAAAAGGCCAUAUCAUCCACUCUGGCGCAAGUCCGCUCCUUUGUGGCGGGCGGAGUCGGUGGUCUAUGUGCCGUCGUAGUCGGUCAUCCCUUUGAUUUGGUGAAAGUACGCCUCCAGACCGCCGAGCGAGGUGUGUACACGGGCGCCAUAGAUGUGGUUAAAAAGACCAUUGCCCGAGAGGGUGUAGCAAGAGGCUUAUACGCCGGUGUUUCUGCGCCGCUUGUUGGAGUUACGCCGAUGUUUGCCGUUAGCUUUUGGGGUUACGAUUUGGGAAAGACACUUGUUCGCAGCGUGUCCGAUGUCCCUGUACACAAUAAUACUCCGCAGUUCUCUAUUGCUCAGAUAUCUGCUGCCGGAUUCUUCUCCGCUAUCCCCAUGACCUUAAUUACGGCCCCAUUUGAGAGAGUGAAGGUAUUGCUUCAGAUUCAAGGACAACAUCCACCACCGGCUGGUCAAAAACCAAAAUACAGCGGCGGAGUUGACGUUGUCCGACAAUUAUACAAAGAAGGUGGAAUCCGAAGUGUCUUCCGUGGGAGCGCCAUGACUCUCGCUCGUGAUGGCCCCGGAUCUGCUGCUUACUUUGCUAUGUAUGAGUAUGUGAAGCGGAGCUUGACGCCCAAGGACGCGGACGGGAACAUCACGGGCGAAUUGUCUCUUCCUGCCAUCCUGACUGCUGGAGGAGCUGCUGGAGUAGCCAUGUGGAUCCCUGUUUUCCCUGUUGAUACCGUCAAGUCACGCCUACAGAGUGCACCCGGCAAACCAACCAUCGGAGGCACCAUCAGGGGUAUCUAUGCAAGCGGCGGUUAUAAGGCUUUCUUCCCCGGCUUCGGUCCUGCUCUAGCAAGAGCAGUCCCUGCCAACGCAGCCACCUUCCUCGGUGUCGAGUUAGCCCAUAAGGCCAUGACGAAGAUGUUUGAUUAA